UGAACAAAGUUCAGGUAUGCUCUCUUCUAGUGCUACAUGUAACUCACGAUCUCAACACUUUUCUGCUUUCUUUAGGAAGAUUAAAAUCAUAACACUGAGCCAGCAUGGAUUUCUUGUGCUCCAUUUUACUGAUCAUCUUGCGCUUACUGAGGUGUAUUUAUCAUUACAAAUUUGUUUCGGGAUACUCAAUAGUUUGCCGGUUGGCUAAUGCGCUUGCGGUAGUUGAAGCACGAAAAAGAUGCUAAGGGGUCUGUUAGGUGUGGGACAAGCAGAGUUCCUUCAUGUUCCAUCUUCCAUGAAUCAUGCAUGCCGCGUACAACGCCAAAUUGCAUAGCUUAAAACUCCACGGCACCACCUCUUCUGCAACGACCGAAGCAACCAAGCCAGCUGCAAUUUCUGUUUCUAACCGAAUUCUAUCUGCUGCUGCGUUCUUGUCGAGUCAUCUUUUCCCCUUAGUAUGUGCACUGCAACUCCGCAGUCUGCAAGUAUUUGCCACUUUAUUUUAGCUCAAGAUUAGUUCAUAUAUAUGGUGCUAUUUGUUGUCCGAUUUCCGCAUGCAUUUGAUUUUCUGUCAAAAUCGAGUUACUCAAAGCAUUUCUUUCUAUGCUCAUCAGUUUUUAUACUCUGUUGAUUUGGUUUGAAGGUGCCAGGUGCUGUUUGGUCAAUAUGAUUGUUGGGGGUGGCUAUUUUGAAGGUUCCCAUGAUCAUAAUCUCAUGCCGGGAUCUUUAAUAAAACCUGACUUUGCAAAUGAGAGGCAGAGGAGGGAAUGGAUGAAUGUAGCGUUCUGGGCUUUAAGAAUCCUCCUCCCCGAUCCCAAGGACGACAGGGUCUCAAAUGUAGAGGAUGCCAUUGAAUACAUACAUGAGCUGAACCGGACAGUGAAGGAACUGAAGAUCCUAGUAGAACAGAAGAGGCAUGGGACUAAUAGGAAAAAGAUGAUAAAGAUGGACGAAGAGGCAGCUUCCGAUGGCGAAAACUCAUCGACGAUGCCAGUGAGGGAUGAGCAAGACAAUGAGCUCGAUUGGGCCAUAAGGAGCUCCUGGGUGCAGAGGAGGUCCCAGGAAUGCCGUGUUGAUGUCCACAUAGUGGAAAAUGCAGUAAACGUCCAGCUCACUGAAUGGAAGAACGCCAACUCCCUGCCUCAUGCCGCGAAGGUUCUCGACGAGUUCCAUCUUGAGAUCAUCAGCGUGGUCGGACAGAUUGUUGGCGAUCACCGCAUAUUCAUCUUCAACACUAAGGUAUCUGAAGGCUGCUCGGUGUAUGCCCUUGCAGUGGCCGAGAGGCUCUUUCAAGCAGUUGAUGCACAGCACCAGGCCCUCAACAUACUCGGCCAGGCUCUAGCAACCAAACUGACUAUCUGAAGAAGUUCAUAGUCUGCAACUGUCUUGGAGUAGCAAUUUCAUGUCUGUUCUCUCAGUGACAAAAGUUGUUAAAUCGGGCUUGAUAAUCUGGCCAUGCGGAAGUCAUAAAUUGCGUUGGCUGUUCAUUUCAUCUGUAGUUGGUUUGAAAACAUAAUAGCAGAACAACAUGAUUCACUCAUGUUUGGAUAGUUUACUGUGCUCUUCGUACCUU